CCUCGCGAGAGCUGCGGUCUCCGGAGGGGAUGGCCGCGGAGCCGGGCGGACUUGGCCCUUGGCUCCAGGAUCCUGCUCCCUGGCCCGAAACAUGGCCGGGGGUCCUGGCCCACUAACACGGCCUCGCCCCGACACAGUCGCCAUGCCCAAGAGAGGGAAGCGACUCAAGUUCCGGGCCCAAGACGCCUGCUCUGGGCGAGUGACCGUGGCGGAUUAUGCCAACUCGGAUCCGGCCGUCGUGAGGUCUGGAAGGGUCAAGAAAGCCGUCGCCAAUGCUGUUCAGCAGGAAGUAAAAUCUCUUUGUGGCUUGGAAGCCUCCCAGGUUCCUGCAGUGGAAGCUCUUUCUGGGGCUGGUGAGCCUUGUGACAUCAUCGACAGCAGUGAUGAGAUUGAUGCCCAGGAGGAAAGCAUCCAUGAGAGAACUGUCUGCAGAAAAAAGAAAAGCAAGAGGCACAAAGAAGACCUGGACAGGGCUGGAGGAGAAGAGUAUCCCAUGGAUAUUUGGCUCUUGCUGGCCUCCUAUAUCCGUCCUGAGGACAUUGUGAAUUUUUCCCUGAUUUGUAAGAAUGCCUGGACUGUCACUUGCACUGCUGCCUUUUGGACCAGGUUGUACCGAAGGCACUACACGCUGGAUGCUUCUCUGCCUUUGCGCCUGCGACCAGAGUCAAUGGAGAAGCUGCGCUGUCUCCGGGCAUGUGUGAUCCGAUCUCUAUACCAUAUGUAUGAGCCAUUUGCUGCUCGAAUCUCCAAGAAUCCAGCCAUUCCAGAAAGCACUCCUAGCACAUUAAAGAAUUCCAAAUGCUUACUUUUCUGGUGCAGAAAGAUUGUUGGAAACAGACAGGAACCAAUGUGGGAAUUCAACUUCAAGUUCAAAAAGCAGGCAAUUUGGAGAAACCAUGAGGAGAGAGACUGCCAAGAGUCUAUUUAUAAGAAGAGUAGAUAUUAUUCUGACUUGUCUCUGCGUUUUGCUUGGACUAUACCUGAGAUCUUAAACACAUCCCCUAGAUUAAAGAGUAAGUGUAUGGGAGGAUUGCAGCCUCCCAUUCAGUAUGAAGAUGUUCAUACCAACCCAGACCAGGACUGCUGCCUACUGCAGGUCACCACCCUCAAUUUCAUCUUUAUUCCAAUUGUUAUGGGAAUGAUAUUUACCCUGUUUACUAUCAAUGUGAGCACGGACAUGCGGCAUCAUCGAGUAAGACUGGUGUUCCAAGAUUCUCCUGUCCACGGUGGUCGGAAACUGCGCAGUGAACAGGGUGUGCAAGUCAUCCUGGACCCAGUGCACAGCGUUCGACUUUUUGACUGGUGGCAUCCUCAGUAUCCGUUCUCCCUGAGAGCAUAGCUAUUGCUUCCUGUCACUGAGGGCAGCCCUGAGCUAGGUCAGGCAACUUGUAAUCAGAGUCCACCUUGAAAGGGGCAGCUGGAUUGUAUAUCUGGUCGGUAAUGCACAUGCUCUUCAGGUUUCUGGGGCUCCUGCUAGGGAAGGAGAAGGAUUGAAUCAGUAAGAAAAACAGCUAUAAUUUACAAACAUAUUUUAAUGUAAAAUUUUGCAUUUGAAAGGAAAAACCUGACCCUGUUUUCUGUGUUAAAUCCCAUUUGGUGCUACUGAGUUUGUUGUUCUUUAUUCUUUUAUCCCAGCAAAAAUGGAUGAUCUCGCUUUAGGGAAAAUUAAACUCGUAAAUCUCCAAACAAAGAAAUUCCAUCAUUCCCUUACGAAUCAGAGGAACCUUAGAGGCCUAAAAUUGUUGCCAUGUUGCUUCCAAUUUAGCUGUCCCUCAAAUUCAGUGAAUAUUUUCUCUUCUCUCUUUACCCUCCUCCAGAAAUAAAGCAGGUGACAGGGUUUUCAGAAUACAUGAGAUUGACUUGUGUAUCUUUCUUUAAAAAUAAUUUUUGAACAUUUGUCACAUAAAUAUUCAUUUGCCA